AUUAAUUUACCUUGACACACGCAGUGUUCGGCCGAGUUUAUAUAUAUCAGUUGUAAACGACGCUCUGCAUUGAACAUUGAGAAAGCUUCGAGUUGGGUGUUGGAUUAAAAAAAGAUGGGUGCCAUAAUUUACUCCCUCGUGGUAUUGAUGCAAGUGACUGCGUUGCUGUCUACAUCACCCACAAAAUGCAAGCCAUCAGACUCCGACUGCCUGAAGUCAGCGGCUCAAGCCUUGACGCCGCUGCUCGCGGCCGGCAUGCCCGCGCUCGGCACGGAGCCGCUAGACGUGAUGCGCGUCGACGAGAUCCGCAUGGACCUGGCCGGCCUACGGCUCAACGUGACGAACUCCAGUAUCAAGGGGCUUAAGAACGCAGUUAUUGACAAGAUCAAAGUUUGGGUCAUUACAGAACCUUUGAACUUCGACUGCCUGAAGUCAGCGGCUCAAGCCUUGACGCCGCUGCUCGCGGCCGGCAUGCCCGCGCUCCGCAAGGAGCCGCUAGACGUGAUGCGCGUCGACGAGAUCCGCAUGGACCUGGCUGGCCUGCGGCUCAACGUGACCAACUCCAGUAUCAAGGGGCUUAAUAACGCAGUUAUUGACAAGAUCAAAUUCGACAUGGCAAAAAAGCAGCUGGUGAUUUUGUACCACGCUGACGUGGAGCUCACUGGGCAGUACAAGGCAGCCGGCCGGCUGAUCAUUCUGCCCAUCAGCGGAGAUGGAGACGUCAAGAUAGAACUCAAAAACUACAAUUCAAAGAUGUUGAUACCUUUCACCAUCGUGAAGAACAAGGACGGCAAGGAUACGAUGCACAUGAAGGAGUUCAAAAACGAAUUUGACAUUAAAGACGGAGCUCACUACUCGUUGACCAAUCUCUUCAAUGGCAAUAAGGUUUUGAGUGAUAGUAUGCUGAAAUUUAUGAAUGAAAAUUGGAAGCUCCUAUCCACAGAAUUCGGAGGAACCUUGAUGCAGAAACCAAACAAAAAGAUAUUUCACGUAAUUAGAAAGUAUCUGCAGAACAAACCCAUAGACGAAAUGUUAGAUGUUUAAGAUUUGUAUACCAAAAACUAGUCAUAAAUAGAUAUAAAAGUAUAUAAAUAUAAUAUUAUAAGUGUAUAGAUAUAUUAUAUAUAAAU